AUGGUCUCUUUCGCCAUCGUUAUUACUGCUGCCAUUGGCAGGUCUAUGGCGUCCGUGAACGCUGUCAAGGCCCGUCGGGUCGCCCCUGUGGCCGCGAAGGUCAAGUCCUCCAUCUCGAAGAUCGUCAGCGGGCACAAGCCGGGGGCUGUUUCCUCCGACGCCAACCGCCUUCGCAGCCGCCGCUCUCGGGCGAAGGACCUCCCCAAGCGUCGCCCGCGGGAAAGCCUUCCGCGCGUGCUCGCUCCUCUUUCCGAGGACAUCCAUACCUCCCUCGUCGACGAGAUCGAGGAGGAACUCCAGCGGCGCGCCGACGCCGACAAGGCCUCGGUGGAGUCCGCUCCCUCCGUCGACUCCCACUCUGAGGAGUCUACCCUCGUGGGCUCCGACGAGCUCAAAAUAUUCCCCUCCGUUAUCGACAUCAUCGCCAAGAGCGGCGAGAUCGUCCAAUGCAUUCCCGUUGAGCUCGAGCUCGAGGAAGACGGCGGCGCCGUAAAGGACCUCGUUUACUCCAAGGAGGCCUUCACCGCGUCGGAGCUUGCGCUCUACGAGAUCAAGGUCGUCCCCACCGUCGUGCUCCCGAAGCUCGACUACUACGCUGCCGCCGAGGGCCUGGUGCCACUGGCCGACUGUGAGGAUCUGGCCGACUACCAAUAG